UGCGAACUCAUUCCAGAAGCCAUCACAGAUCUGACUGUCUCACAGACACUUCUUGAUUUACUCUCAUCAUCGUCAUCUAUAGUCUCCUUGAAUCGGCCAGAUACCAUCAUGGCAGACGAAGACCUCUCACUGUCGGCGCCCACCGCGCCCGCAGCUCCCAGUCCCUCGGCCUACUUCUACCCCUUCGCAACCUCCCCAGACAUCAUCCGAUCGCACGAAAAGGAUGUCUUCACCACAGCUAGCCUGUACAACCAAGCGCAGUCCAUAGCCCGCUCUCUCCGCGGCGCCCGAUACGCCCACGCCCAUUCCGAGUCCAUCAAGAACCUGACCGAGAUCCUGUACUUCUCCCUAACAACCCUAGUCGGCAACCGCACCCUCGGAGAGGAAUACUGCGACCUAGUUCAGCUAGAAGAUGACACGCUCCGCCUUCCAUCCAUCGCCCGACGCGCGGGCUAUAUCCUCAGCAGCAUAAUGGUGCCCUGGUCGCUCCAGCGAAUCCUCCCGGGUUUCCGACAGCGGUUACGCGCCAAGCUAGAGCGCAGCAUCGCACGGCAGCAAUUCAAAGCGCAGCAGCAACACGAGGCGUCGAAAUUAACGAAAGGAGGACAGUCUCAAUCCCGUCCGCUCUUCACAAAGCUCCGCGUUCAAAAGUACAUCCUCGAGCAUCUCGACUCAAUCACGUCCCUUUCUCCCAUCUACGCCCUCAACAUCGCAACCUUCUACUUCUCGGGCUCAUACUACCACCUCGCGAAACGGUUCUGGGGCCUUCGGUACGUGUUUACCAAGAAGGUCGGGGACGACGAGCAACGCGUCGGGUACGAAGUCCUCGGCGUGCUGCUCGUCUUGCAGAUCGCAGUCCAGAGCAUCCUGCACAUCCGGAGAGUCGGCGACAGCUUCCAGCAGGAAGACCGGGAGCUUGAUUCUUCUGCUGCGGGUGGCCCGAACGGCAAGGAUGACACCCUGGGCCGCUCGAUCGAGCACCCCUCCGCCCUUCCGCUCCUCCCUGCCAACACGGCCCGCUACGACCUCGAGGAAGACUCCAAGGCCGUCCCGUGGAUCCCAGAGGGCCAGCAAAGCAAAUGCACGUUGUGUCUGGAGUCGUUCAAGGACCCGAGCGUCACGACAUGCGGCCAUGUCUUUUGCUGGGUCUGCGUUCGGGACUGGGUCCGCGAGAAACCCGAGUGUCCGCUCUGUCGGCAGGACGUGCUGCUGUCCAAGGUGCUGCCUCUACGGGGGUAGGUUUCUAUAUACGAUCACGAAAACAGCAUGUUGUUCCUUGUUCCGUUUUAUUCCGUUCGUCAGAUGCAUGCAUGUACAUA